CUAAGGAAAUUUUAACAAAAGAAUCAAAUGUACAAGAGGUUCGUUGUCCUGUGACUGUCUGUGGAGAUGUACAUGGCCAAUUCCAUGACCUUAUGGAGCUCUUUAGAAUUGGUGGAAAAUCACCAGAUACAAACUAUCUAUUCAUGGGUGACUAUGUAGACAGAGGUUAUUAUUCUGUGGAGACUGUGACUCUUCUCGUAUCAUUAAAGGUGCGUUAUCCAGAACGCAUUACCAUACUGAGAGGAAAUCAUGAAAGCCGACAAAUUACCCAAGUAUACGGUUUUUAUGAUGAAUGUCUACGAAAAUACGGAAAUGCCAAUGUUUGGAAAUAUUUUACAGAUCUCUUUGAUUAUCUUCCACUUACAGCUUUAGUAGAUGGACAGAUAUUCUGCCUCCAUGGUGGCCUCUCUCCAUCCAUAGAUACACUGGAUCACAUAAGAGCCCUGGAUCGUUUACAAGAAGUUCCACAUGAGGGUCCAAUGUGCGAUCUCUUAUGGUCAGACCCAGAUGAUCGUGGUGGAUGGGGUAUUUCACCACGUGGUGCUGGCUACACAUUUGGACAAGAUAUUUCUGAAACAUUUAACCAUGCCAACGGUCUCACACUGGUUUCUCGUGCCCACCAGCUAGUAAUGGAGGGAUACAAUUGGUGUCAUGAUCGGAAUGUGGUUACCAUAUUUAGUGCACCCAAUUACUGCUACCGUUGUGGAAACCAGGCUGCUAUCAUGGAAUUGGAUGAUACCUUAAAAUAUUCUUUUCUUCAGUUUGACCCAGCACCUCGUCGUGGAGAGCCUCAUGUUACUCGACGCACCCCAGACUACUUCCUGUAAAUUCCUCCUGGGAAAAACUGCCUUUGUAUGUGAAAGUAUACCUGGCUUUUUAAAAUAUAUUUAAAAAUUUAAAGACGCGACAGUAAUCUUAUGUUUCUAUAACAAAUUGUGAUGUCUUGGCAUUAAACCACAUCAUGGACCAAAAUGUGCCAUACUAAUGAUGAGCAUUUAGCACAAUUUGAGACUGAAAUUUAGCACAGUAUGUUCUUCUAGAUUGGUCAACCUAACAGUUUGCCUGCUGUAUUUGUAGUAACUAUUUUCCUCUGGACUAUUCCAGCAAAAAGGUAACUAACUACUUUAUCUCCUUUUGUGCUUAUUUGGAAAUUUUAGUUAUAGUGUUUAACAAGCAUGGAUUAAUACAGUUGGAAUUUUAUUUUUAAGAAAAAUUCACAAGUUGAAUUCCAUUUAAUCCAUUACCCUUUAUGUUAUUGAAAUGUUUAAUUAACUGAAGAAAAGAUCCUUCCUGGGAGUAUGUUGUCAUAACAUUAAAGAAAUGGCCCUUCAUUUCCAUUACUGUUUUGUUGAGCUACAUGUUUCUGUAUAUUUGUCAUGACAGUGCUUGCAUCCUAUUUGGUGUACUGAGCAAAUAAACUUUUCAUUUUAAACCAAAA